CAGACGCCGCCUGAAGCAUCCGUAGGCGAUUUGGUGAUUGGCGAGAGCUCCGACUUUCGCCAAAGAUUCAGCGUUUGUUAUUGUUAGUCAAGAACGGCUGCGCGGUGCGCGCGUACGUGUGCUUUUCCUGAUCCACUAAUUCUCAGGCCAUAGCUGCAGACAGUCAGACAUCCUCUGAUCCUCUCCAUCCAGAGAGGCAAAACGGGGCCUCUUAUCAUUUUGGAUCCUCCAUGAGAUGAGCUCAAUGAUUUAGCUGCGAAAAACAGCUCGUCGACAUGCAGUAAGAAUGAAGAACAUCAAGCUCAAGGAAGUUAUCUAGAUUCUACUAGACAAUACGCAAACUCCAGAGUAAAGACAAGCUCAAUUAGAGAACGAAUGUGAGCAUGUCUACUGCUGUUGCCAUAAUAUCGUCAGUCUCGGCAACCGCGGCUGCAGUAGUGAUGCUCGCUCUGAUCAAGCGAUGCCGCCGCUACAGGAGGAAGAUGAAGAAGAAGAUGCUAGCUAGGAUCGCCCACGAGGCGACCGAACAGCACCGCGAGAUGGAAGCCCGCGACGCGGCGGACAGCGUGAUGAUCGAGAUCGGCCCCGUGGAGAAGUUCCUCAACGAGAUCCUCAGCGAGAAGCCGAUGCGCUUCACCUCCGAGCAGCUGGCGGCGUGCACCGGGAACUACUCGUCGGAGCUCGGCUCCGGCGGGUUCGGCGUGGUCUACAGGGGGGAGCUGCCCAAAGGCCUGCAGGUCGCCGUGAAGGUGCUCAAGGUGUCCAUGAACAAGAAGGUCCAGGAGGCGUUCAUGGCGGAGAUCGGCACCAUCGGGAGGACGUACCACGUCCACCUCGUCAGGCUCUACGGCUUCUGCUUCGACGCCGACACCAAGGCGCUGGUCUACGAGUUCUUGGAGAACGGCUCGCUGGAGAAGUACCUCUACGGCGGCGGCGGCGAGGACAGGGGGAAGAAGCUGGAGUGGCGGACGCUGCACGACAUCGCCGUCGGCACGGCGAAGGGGAUCAGGUACCUCCACGAGGAGUGCCAGCAGCGGAUCGUGCACUACGACAUCAAGCCGGCGAAUAUCCUCCUCACCGCCGACUUCACCCCGAAGGUUGCCGACUUCGGGCUGGCGAGGCUGGGCGAGCGGGAGAACACGCACAUGUCGCUGACGGGCGGGCGCGGCACGCCCGGGUACGCGGCGCCGGAGCUGUGGAUGGCGCUACCGGCGACGGAGAAGUGCGACGUGUACAGCUUCGGGAUGGUGCUGUUCGAGGUGCUGGGGCGGCGGCGGAACUACGACCUCGCCGCGCAGGCGGAGAGCCAGGAGUGGUUCCCCAAGUGGGUGUGGGACAGGUACGAGCAGGGGGACAUGGAGUGCGUCGUGUCCGCCGCCGGCAUCGGGGAAGAGGACAGGGCGAAGGCGGAGAUGAUGUGCAAGGUGGCGCUGUGGUGCGUGCAGUUCCAGCCGUCGGCGCGGCCGAAGAUGAGCAGCGUGGUGCGGAUGCUGGAGGGGGAGAUGGCCAUCGUCCCGCCGGUGAACCCCUUCCACUACGUCAUGAGCGGCGGCAGCGGCAGCUCGACGCUGACGAGCAGCAGCACGAACCUGAGCAGCGGGGGCACCACUACAGGAAGCAGCGAGGUGGCGGUCAGCCUUCCUGCCAAAAAGUCCACGGACGUCAUGGUUGAAUAGUCUAAGUCCAAGUGAAAAUGUUGACCCUUCUCCCUUUGUACAACGGUACCAGCGAGACAAAGAUUUCGUACAUAUUUUAUCGUCAUAAUGUUGUUGCAAUUAUAUUUGUUAAUAAUGUAAUUAUUUUUUACCUCUGUUUAUGAGUUUACUAGUACCGGAUUUUGAAUCACUUUCUAAAAAAGAAUAAAAGAAAUGUGUGAAUUUUCGUAGGAAAAA